AUGAUCAAAAAGGGAGAGAAUAGCUAUUAUUUUACCCACGAGAUCAAGGAAGAGGGUGCACGCAAGACCUCGGUAUCAUCUUUCGGCUGGAGCGAUAGUAAAAAGACAGUCAGUAUAUAUUUAACGCAUAGCGCUGUCAAGGGCUUAAAAGAAGAUCAGCUAAUUUUGAAAUGGACUGGCACGUCCUUAUCGAUGGAUCUACUCGACGCUCCUGGCGGAUACAAGUCAAAGAGUUUAGUGAUUUCAUCGCUGUUUCAUGAGAUAACAGACGUGACUUGGACGACAAAGAAGGAGUUGCUCACUAUUACUCUGACAAAGGCAAAGGAACUUCCGUGGAUUUCUCUUAAUGGAGCGGCCAAAAAGAUGGAGGACCACAUCGAGUACGAUGACGCCUUUUACGAUUAG